UUUUCCCCGACAAACAUGGCUGCCUCGCGAAUUGUAGUUGAGAUUUUUCCCGCCAAGAACCGAGCUGGCCAUUCUUGAAAUUUUAGUCAAGUUCUUGCCGUUGAUCUCCAGAGGUAACGGCUUCAUCAGUUCAUCACUCUGUCUGAAAUCAUCAAAAGCCGAUCGGUAUUUACCCAAAGUUUCAAGCUUUUUUAUCUCCCAUUCCUUUUCGACACAGCGAAUGGGAAGGAACAGCAUGGCAAGCUUGAAGAAAACCUCAUCUUCAGUCGCUUCUCUGGUCCGAUUCACCUUCUUCAGCUCGCUCUCUGCUCUCGAAAUUCAAUCAUCGAAUGGCUCAAUUCCCUCCUCGACAUCUCCUCACAAGUCAAGCCCGAAAACCCGUAAAGCACAAAAUGGUUCCAUCAGUGGCUCAACGUACUCAUAUUACAUUAAUCUCUUAAAGUCUUGCAUCGCCCAAAAUGCGUUGGGUCCUGGCAAACAACUUCAUGCCCACUUGUACUUGCUCGGACUGGGGUUUGAUCCCAGCAUAGCGACCAGAUUGGUCCAUCUUUACUGUGAUUGCAACGCCUUGCGUCAUGCCCACCUCCUGUUUGAUAGAAUCCCCAAGAGAAACAAUUUUCUUUGGAAUAUCUUGAUUAGGGGCUACGCAUGGAAUGGGCCUUACGAGGCUGCAACAAUGCUUUACUACCAAAUGCUUGAACAUGCGCUCGUGCCUGAUAACUAUACGUUUCCCUUUGUGCUCAAAGCAUGCUCAGCACUUUCUGCAAUUGAACUGGGGAGAGAGAUUCAUGAGCAUGUUAAGAAUACUGUGUGGGAAAAGGAUGCUUUUGUGGGUGCAGCACUGAUUGACAUGUAUGCGAAGUGUGGUUGUGUGGAGGAUGCUCGUGCAGUUUUUGACGUGAUUCUCGAAAGAGAUGUGAUAUUGUGGAAUUCAAUGCUUGCCGCCUACUCCCACAAUGGUUGCUCAUAUGAGUCACUUGCUUUGUGCCGUGAAAUGGCGUUGGCAGGAAUAAGGGCAAGUGAAGGCACACUUGUCACUACAAUAUCAGCUUCAGCUGACAUUGCUGUUCUUCCCCAAGGAAGGGAGCUGCACGGUUUGAGUUGGAGAUGUGGUUUUGACUCUAAUGACAGGGUGAAAACUGCUUUUGUACAUAUGUAUGCUAAGUGCGGUUCAGUCAAGGUAGCCAGGACUUUGUUUGGGCUUCUUAAGGGUAGAGACGUUGUCUCGUGGAAUGCCAUGAUUAGUGGGUACGCCAUGCACGGUUAUGCCGCAGAAGCAUUGAAUUUAUUUGAAGAAAUGCGAGAACAAUCUUUCCCUGAUUACAUUACUUUUGUUGGUGUACUGACUGCUUGCAGCCAUGGUGGCUUGCUCAAUGAAGGUUGGAAGUUCUUUGAGUUGAUGGAGAGGAAUUAUAAUAUAGAACCAACAGUCCAGCAUUACACUUGCAUGGUUGAUCUCCUUGGUCACUGCGGUCGAUUGGAUGAAGCACGGAACCUCAUAAGGCAAAUGAAAGUAAUUCCUGAUUCUGGUGUGUGGGGUGCUCUACUGAAUUCAUGUAAAAUUCAUGGCGAAAUGGAGUUAGCUGAACUAGCUCUAGAGAAGCUGAUCGAACUGGAACCUGAUGAUGCUGGCAACUAUGUGAUUUUAUCUAAUAUAUAUGCUCAGGCAGGGAAAUGGGGAAAAGUAGUGAAUCUCAGAAACUCAAUGACAAACAGGGGAAUCAAGAAAAGUGUUGCAUAUAGCUGGAUUGAAGUGAAAAACCAAGUCCACUCGUUUCUUACAGGAGACACUUCCCAUCCCAUGUAUGAUGAAAUUUAUGCUGAACUGAAGAGGGUAGAAGGAUUGAUUAAAGAAGCUGGCUAUGUCCCAGAUACUGUACCUGUUUUCCAUGAUGUAGAGGAUGAUGAGAAAACUCAUAUGAUAUGCAGUCACAGCGAGAGGCUAGCAAUUGCAUUUGGACUCAUUACUACUCCACCUGGGUAUAGGCUUCUAAUAACCAAGAAUCUCCGAGUGUGCGAGGACUGCCAUGUCGCCAUUAAAUUUAUCUCGAAAGUCACAGACAGGGAGAUCACCAUUAGAGAUGUGAAUCGCUACCAUCAUUUCAAGAAUGGAAGUUGUUCUUGUGGUGACUGCUGGUAACCACGGCCAGAGGUCCGUACAAUUUCACAGCAUGACAUUUAUUGCCUAGAAGAGCAUCACUCGAAUCGGGAGAGCAUUGGAUCAUUGUGAAGACUGUGCUGGACCAAAUUUGCAGGAUAAUGGAAUUAUCUUGCCGAUAGAGUUCAAAAUAUUGACCGGAAAAUGAGAUGUUUAUCGAGAGCAAUUCCAGAAUAUUCAUUUGAAGUGCUGGAGCCGAAGAUAAGCAUCGUUUCAGUGGGUGCAUGAUUACAUCCCACAAAUCCAAUAUCUCUAAUUUGGGGAACAAACGUAGGUUUCCUAGUAAAUUUGGGGUAUGGCAUUCAGCAAGAAUUCGUGUGUGGCCCGGCGAUGGUAAUUCUUUGGUCAUGUGGAGGAAGUAUCUUCAGGAAAGUGAUCUAUAUAUUUAUUCAAGGAAAUUGCUGAGUGCUAGUCAACUGCAAAUCAAAGCGUCACAAGUUGUCUCCCUUUAAGUCCAAGAAGAGUCAAACAUAUCCCAGAUGUGUUAGCUCUUUCGUAUGGAUUGGCCGGGCGAGAGCAUCUAUGGGGCAACGGUUCUUGAAUCUCGUGAGGCCUGAGAACUGAUUGUGUUGUAUAGGUGUAUGCGGAAUGGCAUUGGAGACAUGAAAAUUUUCCCAGCUUCAUUUUUCUCAACCCGACACCU